AUGUGGCUUGUGGUGUUGGCUAACUACAAUCUUCCACCUUGGAUGUGUAUGAAAGAUAAUAAUUUCAUACUAUCCAUUCUUAUUCCUGGACCAAAAUCACCUGGAAAGGACAUGGAUAUAUUCUUGAGACCAUUGGUGGAUGAGUUAAAGGAGUUGUGGGUUAAUGGCGUCGAUACAAGAGAUAGUAUAACCAACACUAUGUUCAAGUUGCGCGCAGCCUUAUUGUGGACAGUUAACGAUUUUCCUGCUCGUAGCUAUUUAUCUGGAUGGAGUGGUCAGGGAUACAAAGCUUGUCCGACGUGUAAUGAAGACACAACUUCUGUUCAAGUGAUCGGUAAGACAUCCUACAUUGGUCACAGAAGAUUCCUUCCAAGUAACCAUCGAAUGAGAAGAGACACUCAGUUUGACGGACAAAUUGAGAGAAGACGUCCACCAAGACGUUUUACUUGUGACAAAAUAUUAGAACAAGUAAACAAACUUGUACCACAAGUUCCUGGAAAACACGAGAUGUUUGGAGGUGUCAAACGUAGGGGUAUUGCAGAAGAUCAAAAUUGGAGGAAGAAAAGCAUAUUUUAUGAGCUUGAUUAUUGGUCUUCAAACACUUUAAAACACAACAUUGAUGUCAUGCAUGUGGAGAAGAAUGUGUGUGAUAGUUUGUUAGGCACUAUCUUGGAUAAUGAUAAAUCCAAGGACACCACUAAUGCAAGACAUGAUUUGAAAAAGUUUGAAGUAAAGGAAUCGUUGUGGAUAUAUGAAGGUGACAGCGGAAAGUUAAUGAAGCCUCAUGCCCCUUAUGUUCUCACAUCUGAUCAAAGAAUGCAAUUUUGUAAAUUUAUUCGAGAUGUGAAAUUUCCAGAUAAUUUUUGUUCCAAUUUAAAGAAGAAAGUAAAUGCUGAUUUAACAAAUAUCAGCGGUUUAAAGUCCCACGACAGUCAUGCAAAUUUGUGCAAGAACUAUAAAGGUGUUGAAACAAGAUUUAAUCGUCUUGAUCGCAAUGCAGAUGAGGUGACACCAAGAAAUCUUUUUGUAUUUCAAUCGCAAUGUCGACCUAUAACAAAAGAAACUCUAAAGCCUCUUGAUCGUGCGACUCGUGAACAAGCAGAGUGUGAACACUUAGAAGAAAUCAAACACAAAUAUCAGGAUGGAGAUCAUAACAUUUUACAUAAGAAAUAUUUUCAGCGAUGGUUUCACAAGAAGAUAUACGACUUACAAAAGCUUGGAUCGUUAGAUAAUGGUGACGAGUUGCUAGCUUUAGCAUCUGGAUCAGAUCAUUUAGGAGCUUAUUACGAAGGUUGUAUAGUGAAAUGUGUUCGAUUUAUGUCAACCAAACGAGAUUUAAAGAGGAGCACUCAAAACAGUGGAGUAUUUGUUGCUGGAACAGAAGAUUUUAACUAUUAUGGAAUACUUGAAGAAGUAUUAAAGUUAACAUUUACUGGCACAUAUUUUGUGACAUUGUUCAAGUGUAAGUGGUUUAAUACAGAUCCAAGAAGGAAGAAAAUAAUUGUAGAGAAUAAUAUUACUAGUAUAAACACUAGCGGGGAAUGGUACAAGGAUGACCCAUAUAUACUUGCAAAUCAAGCGAAGCAAGUAUUUUAUCUCGAUGAUUUACUUAGAGGAAAUCAGUGGAAAGUUGUUGAGGGUGUAAACCAUCGACAAAUUUGGGACGUCGAGAACUGUGAAGCUAAUUCAGACAUUGAUGUGGUACAUGAUAUUAGCUCAUCAAAUUUUGUGUUGACUGUGGAUCUCGGCGAGUUGGUUAUGCUACCUACUCAAAAUUCGAUUGACAUUAGUACAGUACAAAAUUUAAAUGUUAGUCAAGAGGAUCACGAGUUAGGCGAUGAAGAAGCAGAUGAAGAAUUAGAUGAAGAAGAUGAUUUAUUAAUUGAUUUUUGUGAAGAUGAUGUUAAUGCUAAUUUAGUUAAUGAUGGAAGUGAUAGUGAUUAUUAG